AAUGUCAAUGACCUCACGAUUUCGUGCAAUACCUUGAGCAUUUCUUUGUUAGAUCUUGUCCGCCAUCUUCAAACACGGCACAAUGUCAAAAACGAUGCUCCAAGCACUGCGUCAAGUGCCUCGAAUCCACUCGUUACAGCCUAUCUCGCGAAGAGCCUUCAUAAAUCUCCCUGGAUCCGAAGCGCAGAGCCUGUCGGCAACCCGAAUAUUACCAUACGAAUCUUCGAGCGUGUAUACCUUAAUAGCGGAUGUGGAUAGUUACUCCAGUUUUCUUCCUUACUGUCUCGAUUCGAAAGUCACAAAAUGGUCUUCCCCAGACAAGAAUGGAACGAAAUGGCCGUCGGAGGCUGAUCUGAAGGUCGGAUGGGGAGGAUAUGAGGAGACUUUCAGGUCCCGACUCUUCUGCAUCCCAGGAUCAGUGGUUGAAGCGCUCGGCGGAGAAGCUGUGACGUCUCUCAAAAAGAGCGACCUCGAGCAUCAUUCCUCGACAAUGGACGCGCCUGCCACCGCCAACAACAUAUUCAAGACGAUUUCUACAAGGUGGACUGUUAAGCCUUUUCAUUACAAGCCACCUACUGGCGUACCGCAAUCGGACAAGACACAGCAUCCAGCGAGAGACCAAACCGAAGUGCACUUGACACUCGAUUUCCAAUUGGCGAAUCCCAUAUAUGCUGCGUUAAGCAAGGCUGUUGCUCCGAAGGUUGCGGGGAUUAUGAUAGAGGCAUUUGAAGUCCGCGCCAGGAAGAUUCUGGAUGGACCUGGAGCUGCUGUUCACGGACAAAAUACCCGAGAUGGAGCCUUUGCUUCCAGUAAUAAAAUGGGCUUGUAGGUUCUGGUGGAAUCGGACAGGCGUUUUGGAAUAAAUCGCUGUACCAUUAUAACGGCAACUUCUAGACGUGUGUAGUACUGUACAGUACCUUGAAAGAUGAGAUCAUGACAGAAUCAACGCCAUCCUGCUCUUCCUCUUACCACUAAUUGUGUGCUAUUGAUGGGGAUUAUGUGCCGUAAGGCUUUCCUACUCUUGAUCAUGUUUGAUUCACAUACAUCUCGAACGGUGGGAAGGACUAGCACAUGUCAAAACAUGGCCGGCUUGGAAGCUUCUAAGCGCGUUCAAUUAUGUCAUCACAUCACCAUAGCUCAAAGCACAAUAUAUAUAAAAGCAAGUC